CGGAAGGGCGUUUUGAUGAUCAGACGUGUCCUAAAGAGCUGCAAAUACUCAUCCCGGAAAGGAUUGACACCAGCUGCCCCGGUUCAUUCCAAUAAAGAAGAUCCAGCUACCCAGACAAAUUUGGGAUUUAUCCAUGCAUUUGUCGCUGCCAUAUCCGUUAUCAUUGUAUCGGAGCUGGGCGAUAAGACAUUUUUCAUAGCCGCCAUCAUGGCCAUGCGCUACAACCGUCUGACGGUCCUGGCCGGGGCCAUGCUUGCCCUGGGCUUGAUGACCUGCUUGUCCGUGCUGUUCGGCUACGCCACCACCGUCAUCCCCAGGGUGUACACGUACUAUGUCUCCACCGCAUUAUUUGCCAUUUUUGGCAUUAGAAUGCUUCGAGAAGGCUUAAAGAUGAGUCCAGAUGAGGGUCAAGAGGAACUGGAAGAAGUUCAAGCAGAAUUAAAGAAAAAAGAUGAAGAAUUUCAACGAACUAAACUCUUAAAUGGACCGGGAGAUGUCGAAACGGGCACAAGCACGACGAUCCCCCAGAAGAGAUGGCUGCACUUCAUCUCUCCCAUCUUCAUUCAGGCUCUCACGCUGACGUUCUUAGCCGAAUGGGGGGACCGCUCCCAGCUGACGACGAUCGUGCUGGCAGCUAGAGAGGACCCGUACGGCGUGGCCGUGGGUGGGACAGUGGGCCACUGCUUAUGCACCGGACUGGCAGUGAUUGGAGGAAGAAUGAUAGCCCAGAAAAUCUCCGUCAGAACCGUGACGAUCAUAGGAGGCAUUGUAUUUUUGGCGUUUGCAUUUUCUGCACUGUUUAUAAGUCCCGAUUCUGGUUUUUAACAAGCCGUUUUUUUAAUUUGUAUUUCGUUUAAAAUAGGUAGUAACUCUUGUCUUUAUGUACAUAGUAUACAUUAUAACUAAAAGUGAUGGAAAAGACUGUAUUUUGUAGCAUUGAUUUGCGAGUUUGACCCAUUGAAUGAAAGUAUUAUGUCCAAAAGAAAUAAUCAUUGAUUCUAUUUGCAACAUGGAUUUUUAAAAGAACCCUGACAUCUAAGUGUGGAUUUUUCUUUUCUCCAGCACAAUUAUGUUAAUAUGGUCACCGGUUUUUUGUUUGUUUUUUUUUUUUUCAGUUAUUUGUGGGAGAGGGUAUACAUUGAACCAUUGGCAGUGGGGUCUACCCUUGAUUUUCUUUUAGCACUGACCCCUCUAUAAGGAGGAUACAUUUUAUCCUGGAUCACUGAGCUGUUUUUAAGAUGUUUGCCUUAACAUUUUUCUUGAAGGAGGAAUGGAUUGAUUUUUAUCUUUUAAAAUAUUUCCUUAAGCCAGUAAGCAGUUUAAUCACAAGUCUUUUAAAAAUCAGUUUCUGUUGUUGUUUAAAGAGGAACAUAUUACUGUUAUAACCUGGCAAGAACUGCUUGCCAGGUCCAUUCUCCCCCCACUCCCUUUUUUUUUUAUUGGGUAAGAAACCCAAUAUAAAAACAGUCAAUAUUUGACAAUGACAAUGUGGAGUUACUAAAAGAGAAUACUAUGAGUGUAUUCCUAUUUUUUCUAUAUCGAAUAAACAAUGUAACAGAUACGAUGUAAAUAAAAGUGGUAUGACCAGA